GCCAUCCAUCGGGGGGGCAGACGUUGACACAACACCGGAAAGAACUACACACACAGCAGGUGGCGGUAAUGCGCAACAAAGCCGGUUGCCACCCGCAAUAAAAACAGAAGAAGAAGAAGCCCCGCUCACACCAACUUCAAGCCCGCCAACACAAGUCGCUUGUUUACACCGGAGAGACCGAGGACCUGACCUGAACCAGUGAGCAGUGACCCUGCCAUCAGUAUGACGACGUUUCUGCUGGUAACGUCAGCCAGAGAAUGUGAGUGUGUGCGGCUAAAGACUGUUAACUUUCUCCCGCUGAAAGCUAACUCCUUCACUUCAUGUUAACAGCACCAGGUGUGUGAGGGACAGUGAGACCACAGCUAGCACAGGAGUUCAGAUCACAUAACGUCAGUAUGUCGAUAAACUCGGAACAGGAGGCCCUGAUUGGCCGGGUGUUUGAAGCCUAUCUGGCGGAGCAUCACCAUGGUGACAUUCUCCAGCUUAUUGAAGAUACUAAUGAAGAGAGCCAUCAACCUGUUGUUGUCAAUGCCAUGACACUGUUUGAAGCCAGUAUGGAGGUUGGGGACUAUUUCAACGCCUAUCCCAAUGAUGUCCUGGUGAUAUUUGAUAAAGUGCUACACAGAACAGCCAUGGAGUUAUCACAGACUGCUUCACCCGGAGCACAAACAACCAAAGAGCAGAAAAUGAGAUACACUCUUCAUGCCCGCAUUACAGGUCUGCCAGUGUGUCCAGAGCUGACCAGAGACACUGUUCCCCGGUCCAGAGAUGUAGGGCACUUUUUGUCUGUCACUGGUACUGUCAUACGCACCAGUGUUGCCAAGGUUCUGGAAUACGAGCGUGAUUACAUGUGCGCAAAGUGUCGUCAUGUUUUCACGAUGCAGGCUGACUUUGACCAGUUCUACACCUUUGUCCAGCCGGUGGCCUGCCCCAAUCCUGAUGCCUGUAACUCCUACAAGUUCAGCUGUCUGUCAGGAGGAUCCGAGCCUGCUGCCUGCAGGGACUAUCAGGAGAUUAAGAUUCAAGAGCAAGUGCAGAGGCUGUCGGUGGGCAGUAUUCCUCGUUCCAUGGUGGUGGUCCUUGAGGAUGACCUGGUUGACAGUUGUAAAUCUGGAGACGACGUGACGGUCUACGGGGUGAUGUGCCAACGCUGGAAGCCCUUCUAUGAUGGCACGCGCUGUGAUGUGGAGCUGGUCCUCAAAGCGAACAACAUAGAAGUAAACAACCAGCAGGUGGCUGCUGCUCUGCUCAUGAAAGACCUUCAGCAGGAGUUUGAAGACUUCUGGGAAAGCUACAAACAUGAUCCCAUAGCUGGGAGGAACCAGGUGUUGUUGAGCCUGUGUCCACAGGUGUUUGGCAUGUAUGUGAUUAAACUGGCAGUGGCCAUGGUGUUGGCUGGUGGAGUACAGAGGAUAGAUUCUUCUGGGUCCAAGAUCAGGGGUGAGUGUCAUAUGUUACUGGUUGGUGACCCUGGCACGGGGAAGUCUCAGUUCCUGAAGUAUGCGGCUAAGAUCAUGCCUCGCUCUGUGCUCACAGCUGGAAUCGGAUCAACAAGUGCAGGACUGACAGUAGCAGCGGUCAAAGAUGGAGGUGACUGGCACCUGGAGGCGGGAGCCCUGGUCCUGUCAGAUGGUGGUUUGUGCUGCAUUGAUGAAUUCAACAGCAUCAAGGAACACGACCGCAUCAGCAUCCACGAAGCUAUGGAGCAACAGUCUAUAAGUGUGGCCAAAGCUGGCAUGGUGUGUAAGCUGAAUACUCGCAGCACCAUCCUGGCAGCCACCAACCCUAAAGGCCAGUACAAUCCCAACGAGCCGCUGUCUGUGAACGUAGCUCUGGCCAGCCCUCUGCUGAGUCGCUUCGACUUGGUCCUGGUUCUGCUGGACACCAGGAACGCAGAGUGGGACCGCGUCAUCUCCUCUUUUAUUCUGGAGGACAGAGGAAUGCCUGCUGACUCCUCCAGCCUGUGGUCCAUGGAGAAGAUGAAGGGCUACUUCAGUGUGAUUAAACGCCUGCAGCCGCAGGUGUCUGAGGACGCCAACAGCAUCCUGUCUCGUUACUACCAGCUACAGAGAAAAAGUGACGGCCGCAACGCUGCCCGCACCACCAUCCGCAUGCUGGAGAGUCUGAGCAGGCUGGCUGAAGCUCACGCCAGGCUAAUGUACAGAGAGACAGUGACUGUAGAGGAUGCUGUCAUAGCAGUCUCUGUCAUGGAGUGUUCAAUGCAGGGUGGUGCUCUGCUGGGGAAUGUGAAUGCUUUACUCACCUCAUUCCCUGCGGAGCCUGGUCAGCAGUAUCAGACUCAGUGCCAGGUGCUGCUGGAGGGACUGAACCUGCCUCUGCUCCUUCAGAGGGAGAUGGACAGGCUGGCCAGGCUGAAGAGCAGCACGUCAGACGCCUCCCAGUUUGAUCCAGCAGCUGAUAAUCACCAGCAUCGACUCAGAGACGCAUACACCAUCAACAAAACACACCACCAUGACAUCACCAGUGACCAUAAGGGUGAUGUCACAGUGGAGAGUGGCUUGGACUGGUUCCACUCCAUCACUCCAUCAGUGUCACCAGAUCAUAUGACCUCACCGACAAUUACGUCAACCCAAGAAAAACUGAAUCGAAAAGCAGUCAAACAUCCACACGGUCAAAGUGAUGUUCAGAGCAACACAGACUCAUCACCAGACCAGGAUGGAGCAGUGAGCUCUGCUGCAGGGGGUCUAACACACUCUGAUACACACACAGAUGAUCAACAUGUGGUUCAGAAAGUCUCCAAGAGUCUGAGGGACAGAAGACUGGGGGACCUGGACCCGAACCAUCAGCUGUGUGACACAGAGGGAGAAGGGGGACAUGGAGAGAGGGUGGGGUUGACGAACAGUGCAGGUAAAAAUGUGACUGAUGCUUUAAAUUCAACUUCAGAUUCCCACAGCAGCAGCACACUGUCAUCAGCUGAACACAACCGGAUCCAGGACAACCAGUCGUCAGGCAAAAACCGGAGGGACCAGACUGGGACUAAGAACAUGUGCUCUGUGCUGAGGGAGAAGAUGGAAGCUGAACUUCAAACAGGUAAAAACCUGCACGCAAAGUUGUCAGGCUUUAAAUUCAAACCACGGAAGAUGAGACCAUUACUCAGCUCAGAGUUACAAACUGAACGUGGUGGUGAUGAGUCGGCCAGUCCACCUACAGACACAGAGAAGAACCAGAAGCAAAAUCUUCUACAAGGUGCAAGCAGGAGAAAACAUGUCAGCUGUGUGGGUGACGGACAAAUUGAAGAUGGUUCCUGUUUAACAUCAAUACAACUGGAUGAGGACGAUUUUUCCUUUGGAAAGGACAAAGUGGCUCGAGGAAAAGCUGUCGGUAAAGUACAGAGGAGUCAUGAUACAGAUGCUCUUACUGCUGAUAAGACUGUAGCAGACAGCUCGGCUGGUACCCCACCUUCAAAUUCAAAGUCGUUUGUGGGCUUCUCAACACUGGCUAAACUCUCACGAUUCUCAUUCACCUGCACAACUGAGUCCACGACCACAAAUCAUCCUCCUGGAGUGAGAAAAGGUUCAUCUAAAGGAAACAGUCCUGAAUGUUCCAGAGCAAAUUCUGACGUCAAGAAAACUCAAAAUUCUCCUCAACAGGCUCCCUCAGAAGGAAAGAUGAAACCUGUCGUCACCACGGGCAAAGUAAAAGAUGUGUUACCCCCCCCAGUUAGUGGGCUCCCACCAGGACAAGAACCUGAACGAGUACUGGGGUCACAGUCUAAAACAAAGACAGAGCCCACUCAUACUGCACACAGUCUGAUAAACAAUGGUCCUGUUGACUCUGACAGCUCUUUCAACCUGAAGAAGAGGAAGUGUUUUGAGCUGGCCCCCCCACCAAGCGCCAGUGGGUCUAAGGGUCCGUUCUCAGGACUGUCCCUCUUUGGCUCUGUGGAGUUAGGUGAUGAUGUUCUCGAUACUGACUGGGACCAAGAGGUUUCAAAGAAAGUCAGAGUUUGAAUCACAGGCUGCUGUCACACUGUGUGUGUGUGUGUGUGUGUGUGUGUGUGUGUGUGUGUGUGUGUGUGUGUGUGUGUGUGUGUGUGUGUGUGUGUGUGUGUGUGUGUGUGUGUGUGUGUGUGUGUGUGUGUGUGUGUGUGUGUGUGUGUGUGUGUGUGUGUGUGUGUGUGUGUGAAGAAUACCACUGUAACCAGCUUCAUGUGACAUGUCACUGGGGGGCACAUCAGCUCAGCUCUGUGCCUGAUGUGUGCUGUAGUCACCUGCUUCAGUCUGAAAAUAAAACUGCUUAACUGUU